CAUUUGAGGUUGCCGACAAACCCAGUGAAUGAAUAUUGACUUGCAGUAAUAAAGAUCAAGUGGUGGUGAAUGCACACACAUAAGAGCCACAUAUCCCACAAUUUUGGUCUUCAACUCUUCUUCUUGCUACACAGUUUUUAGCUGUUAGUGUAUGAAAUUCAAGUCUGAUGAAGCAAAAAUUUAGUAUUGGUCGGAGAUAAAGAAUUAUCCAGAGAGAGAUGGCUGCAGCUUAUGCAGCUUUAGUUUCUCUCACUCACACUCUUGAUCAGAUCCUCCUCCACCCACCUCCCACCCUUCAUAUCAUUUUUGAUAGAAAAAAUAUUGAAACUCUACAACAAAAGGCCGACUUGUUGAUCGAUUUUCUCGAGACAAUCAAGUAACUACGGCGGCGGCGACAAAGAAAUCGAACAUUUGGAGACGAGAAUCAGGGUGGCAGCUGAUGGAGCAGAGUACACCAUUGAAUUCAAUAUAAUCAACCAAAUUCUUGCAGAUGGAUGUGCAGUUGACAGACUAGAACCCGAACCCUCCGAUUUCUUGUCUGAAGGUGUACGGACCGAAAUACAAGAGUUACAUUCCAUCCAUAAACAAUUGGUGAAAAUGAUCAAGAAAGAUGUACAACCUCAAAACUCGUUAAGUAGAGGAGCUAGUAGUACAUCAUCAAAGCCUCUUCCGAGUAGUAAAGGCACCAUGGUCGGAUUCCAGAAGCACUUGAUCCAAAUGAUGACUACGCUCACCGCAAAUGAAUCUAAUCUUCGAAUCAUCUCUGUUGUUGGGAUGGGAGGCAUAGGUAAGACUACCCUUGCAACUAAUGUUUUCAACAAACCUCUUGUUUUGGAACACUUUCAUCUUCGUGCUUGGGUUACGAUAUCGAAAGAGUGUAAUAAGAAAGAGAUACUUCUUGGCCUCUUACUCCAGAUUAGUAAUGGGUAUGGAAAUGUGAAGGAGAUGAAUGAUGAAGAAGAAACACUAGGUGAUAAACUGUACAAAGAAUUAUUCGGGAGGAAAUAUUUAAUAGUAAUGGAUGACAUGUGGGAUAUUAAGGCGUGGGAGCUGGUAAAGAGGUUCCUUCCCGAUAAUAAUAAUGGAAGUCGAAUUAUGGUAACUACUAGGCUAUUGAAGUUGGCUGAAGAUUUUGGAUCUUGUAGUCCUUAUCAAUUGAAUUUUUUGGAUGAAGCACAGAGUUGGGAUCUACUUCGUGAAAAGGUGUUUGCAGAAGGACGUUGCCCCGUUGAAUUGGAGGUAAUUGGAAAAAGUAUUGCUAAAAAAUGCAGAGGACUUCCUUUGGCCCUUGUUGUCAUUGGUGGGCUUCUUGCAAAGUCCAAGACAAAAGAACAUUGGAAGUACGUCGAAGAAGAUGUAACUUCAGAAGUAAACAACGAAGAUGACGAGUUCUGCAUGAAGAUAUUAUGGUUGAGUUAUAUUCACUUGCCUAUAUAUAUCAAACCUUGUUACCUUUACUUUGCCGUGUUUCCUGAAGAUCAUAUCAUCAAAGUGUCCAGGCUGGUCAGGUUGUGGGUUGCAGAGGGAUUUAUACGGAAAUGUAGGCAUAAAAGCAUGGAAGAAACUGGAGAGGAGUACUUGGAGGAUCUUAUUCAUAGAAACCUCAUUUUGGUGAAUACGCGGUGGGUUACUGGAGAAGUGAGGACAUGCCGAAUUCAUGAUCUUUUAAGUGACCUAUGUAGGAGAGAAGCUCAAAAAGACAACUUCGUUCUCACCGCAAACCUCAAUAUCGUAACACAUACGAAGAUCACACCACGCCUCAGCAUUAAUAGUGGCAAAUGGAAACAAAAGAAUCUUACGCCGUAUAGACCACCGGUACCUACACGGUCUUUCGUAAGCUUCUCUAAAGGGGAUUCAACUGAUUACACUGCUCGUCGGUUUCCGUUACUACGGCUAUUCGAUGUGGUGGACGAAUAUCCCAAAGAUGAGAUUCUACAGUUAAUUAACUCGAGGUAUGUUUCUUGCAUGGGUUCGAUGUCGAUGCCAUCUUCUAUAUCCCAACUUUGGAGUUUACAAACAUUAGUUGUUUACGGAGAGUUGAUUCUGCCAAGUGAGAUAUGGCACAUGCCCCAACUUCGACAUGUUGAGGGCAGAUUUAUUGUUCUCUCUGAUCCUCUUCCAGAUAAUGUCCACAAAAUCAUACUUCUUGAGAAUUUACAAACACUUUCAAAAGUCAAAGAUUUCAAAUGUAGUGAAGCGGUAAUGAAAAAAAUCCCAAAUCUGAAGAAGUUGGAAAUUAUAUGUGGGACAAUAGGAUCUAAUCGUUUAAGCAAUCUUGGACUUCUCCACAAACUCGAACAACUUAACCUGGAAUUAAUUACCGGUACUCGUUGCGGUGGAGGAAUUGUCUUCCCAAGUUCGCUUAAAGAGUUGACCUUAACUGAAUGCAAGAUUCCUUGGGAACAUAUGUCCACUGUUGGUUCUUUGCCCAACCUUGAAGUUCUCUCGUUGCGGAGAAAUGCUGCCGUAGGCCAAAAGUGGAUUUCGAAAGAAGGGGAAUUCGCUCGACUCAAGUCCCUAUGGAUUCAUAAGUGUGAAUUGGAGAUAUGGGAAGCAGACGAUACACAUUUCCCGUGUCUUGAGAUUAUUCAUCUUGGGUACUUAAACCUCAAGGAGAUCCCUUCGGAUUUGGCCGCAAUAUUACCACUUCGAGGGAUUAACUUAGAUCACAACACCAACAAUUCCCUUUUGGCGUCUGCAAACAAAAUAUUAGAAGAACGAGAGAAUCUAGGCUACGAUGUUUUUCGAGUUCUAAAUUUUACAUUAGGACGGAUCAGAAUUUGGGUGAAGAGAGGUAUUGAUCUUGUUGUUGGUGGUGGUGGUGGUGGAGAUCCUUAUGCUGUUAUCACAAUGGCCGAUCAGGUUUUGAAGGCUCGUGUUGUGACAAAUGACGUUAAUCCUGAAUGGUAUGAGGAUUUGAUAAUAUAUCCUAGAUAUCAUGAUCAUCAAGUUUCUCUGACGGUGUAUGGCCACAACAAGUCGAGAAACGUGGAUGAAAAGAUGGGAGAAGCAGAGUUUGAUAUCGGACCGUUGAUAGAAGUCGCGAAGAUGAAUCCGAAUGGCCUUACAAAUGAUACAAUAAUCACAAGAAUACCACCUGCAAGCUCCAAUUGUCUGGCUGAAGAGAGUUUCAUUUUCUGGAAAGACGGCAAUGUAACGCAGGACAUGCGCCUGAGACUGAAAAAUAUUGAACGUGGCCAAGUUGAAAUUCAACUCCGGUGGCUUGACGAUUAGAUGUCGACAUUGCUCGUUUGCAUAGGCUCUGAUCAGUUGUAGUUGGUCAAGACAAGUAUUUUCCGUUCACACCAAAAAAGAAGAGAAAGACAGAGGCUUGACACCUACACGCAAAGAGUGUCUGCUCUGGGGGAAAAUCUUCCGUUCUUUACAGGAGUACAACUAGCUAUUGAAACCAUGGAGGAAAACGAUAAUCAUGCGACGAGUACAAUCCAACAUGGAAACAAAUUAUCAAUUGAGAUAAAAAAAAGGAUGUAUUCAUGAGGUCAAAACCACUUCAACACUAUCAUUUUCAAAUGUUCUCAAUUUCAAAUUUCAUACAACAUAUAUACACACAGCAGCAAUCAGACAG